UCCAAACUUCCGGUUUACUUUCAUGGCGAGAAAAUAAUUUUUCAGUUUGUUUGUUCAAGUCGUUGUUUUGUUUAAGUAUAUAAAUCAUUACAAGCAAAUGUGAAGGUCUAGCCUUCAGUAAGUGCUGUCAGGUAAUUUAGCCUACAGUAAGGGCUGUCAGAUAGGAGUAAAAAUGUCAGGCGAUAUAACAGGACCGUCCGCAUCUAGGAGAAAAGCUCUGAAAGUCGCCGUGGCAGCACUUUGUUCUGAAAAUGGGUUUACAUCCUCAGAUGAUUCUGCUCUGGAAACUUUGACAGAAUUAUUACAAAGUUUUUUAACUGAAGUUGGUAGAAGUGCUAGAGCUUAUUGUGAAUUGUCAGGACGAACAGAAGCUAUGGUUAGUGAUGUUGCUAUGGCUUUAGUUAACAUGGGUUUCAACAUUGAAUCUAUUGCAGGCCAUGCUAAAAGACCCAAUAAAUCCGUUUUUAUACCACCUGCUCAGAUGACACAGCCAGUGAUUCACAAAACAUUACAAGCUGGAGAACGAAAAACACAUCCUUCACAUAUUCCAGAUCAUCUUCCUCAGUUCCCUGAUCCUCAUACUUAUAUCAGAACAUUGACGCAUCAACAACCAUUGAAUGAAUAUCAGUUAAUGAGAGAGAAAGCAGCAAGUCAGAAACGCGAUGUCGAGAGAGCGUUAACACGAUUUAUAGCUAAAACAGGAAAUACCCAGCAUUUAUUUAAAGAUGAUCCAUCAGCAUUUCCAUUGAUCGCCAUAGCACCAUCACCGAGACCAUAUUUAAACGCUUUAUUACCUAAAGAUCAGGAUCUAGACGCACAAGAACCAGGUGAAACUUAUUCAACAGGCUCCAAGAAAAGAUCGGACAAUAAUUCUCAAGGGGAUGCGAAAGACGGGGCUCAGACGCAGGAAUCGGCCGAUCCUGAUGCAAUUGACAAUCCUUAUUUACGGCCCGUUAAACUUCCUAAAAAACGCAAAAGAUGAUAUUGAAGAGUUGAGGUUAAAUAUGAUAUUAUAAACAUUGUUCGAGUGUGAUAUAUGGGAAUGUAGGCCAAUUCAACUUGAUGUGCCUGAAGUACGAUCGGUAAAAGACAAGAUUCAAGAUGGCGGGUUAAUUCUGAUAUUAUAAACAGUGUUCUGGUUGUGAUAUAAUGUAGGCCUAUUCAACAUGAUGUGCCUGAAGUACGAACGAUCGUGGACAAUAUAAACACUGGUUAUGAUGUUCCUGAAAUUCGAUCGAUCGUAGACAAUAUAAACUCUGGUUACGUGAGUAAAUGGGGAUAAUAGUCAGAUUACGAGGGUUCCAUGUUGAAAAUAUUCGUGAAAAAUCGCUUGACCAUUAUGUCAUCGUUUAUCAGCAAAAUAAAACGAGUUUGUGCGACUAAUUGAGGAGAACUGUCAAUCGUGUUUACAAACAUUAAGGCUGGGUAUCGAUAGUGAUUUUUACUAUCGAUAAUCGGCAAUGCAAUGUCGGUCGAUAAUCGAUAGUAUCGAAAACAAACUUAUUUUCACGGUCGUCAUCAAGACUGGAUACAGUAUAAGUUCAAAGUUCAAAACCAUAUGAAGUUGUGAAAGAUCGUUUGCUCCUGUCUAAGGAGAUUUAUUUGGAAAACAUUAAUAAAACUUGUUAUAUCACGUAUAUAUACGUAAAUUGAUGUUGUUUAUUAUUAAAAUAAUGCAGCCGUGGUUCCGAAUGAAGAAAUAUCGUAAAUAAUUAUGUUAAGGGACCAAAAUGAACUUGUUCUGAUUCAAAACAUUGCGUACGUGCGCGCGAAAAUAUCAAUAUGGCAGACGAAUUCUGAAGCUUGCAAAGGGAAAUAACUCUAACUUUAUUUACACAUCCAGGUAUCUCCGAUUUAGCGAUAUUCAACAAUAAUUUCUUCAAAACUAAAGUAACGUUUCAAUGAGAGUGAAUUUAUGAAAACGGCUGUUCAAUAAGCAGUCACAAUUUUGUUAUGUGUUACAUUGAUACUUGAUAGUAAUUAAAGUGAGCGGUGUAUUAUGAUUAACUGAAAGAAAACAUGCACCAUGCAUGUACUUUGUCCCUUUUGGUUCCAACUGUAUCCUUUCUAUUCCAGUAGAAUACAUACACCCGGGGGAAUUGACACCACAUUAAUGAUAAUAUCAAGGGAAAUUAUUAUUGGUCUUUGUUCAGUAUUUUAUCUUCCACCAUCCCUAUGAGAACCACUAAAAACAUUUAUUGUGCUUGGAUUUAAUAUGGGUAGCCAUUUUGACAGAACUGAUGACAGAACUAUCCAGGUCAAGGUUCAUUGUAAUCCGUACUGAAUAUGUAUGUAUGUGCUUCGACAUCCUGCUUAGUUAAGAAAUAAGUUCCAAGCUUUAGGUUUUUAAUUGGAUGUUUUACAGAGAAGUCAGAAAAAUACCUGACAAAAAGUCAGGAAAAAUAAUUCGGCACAGGAUGAAAUGUCAGAUUUUUUCCCGAGUUAUCCAAGUUUACUUUUUAUAUGCCUACAUUUUCAUGUGGACGUAUAUUGUCAUCCGAUUUGAACGAAACUUGAAAUAUAGGUUUAUUUCCCUAAGAUCUCGGUUCCUUUCGAUAUUGGCAUGUACGUGUAUGGGACCAUAACUUCAUGGAUUAUGACCCCUGAUUGUACGAAAAAUGGCAUUUUUAGCUUGUGGACCCUAUAGAGGUCACAAUUUUUAUUUGAUUUUUUUGAAAUUUGAAAUGUAAGUUUAUAACCCAACGAUCGUGGUUCUUUUCGAUAUUCGGGCAUAUCAGACCGUAACUUCCUGAAUUAUGGGCCCUGAUUGUAUGAAAAAUGUUGUUUUUUAGUUGUCACAAUAUUAUCUAAUUUAAAAAAACGUUUGAAUAUGUCACUGUUACACCGUAUUGUUGGUUAAGUUCAAAUUUCAUGAAAAUCGGACCAAAACUGCCAGACAAAAUGGCUGCCCAUCUACGCAAUAGUGUAAACAUCUGAUAUAUCAAGGUUGUGGACCCUCUAGAGCUCACAAUUUUGAUCCGAUUUUGAUAAAACUUGAAAUGCAUGUUUAUAACCCAAAGAUCUUGGUUGGAGUCGAUAGAGGUAACAAUUAUUAUCUGAUUUACUUACAAAAACGUUCAAAUAUAUCACCGUUACACCGUAAUCUUGGUUGAGUUCAAAUUUCGUGAAAAUCAGAUGAAAAAUGCCAGACAAAACGGCUGCCCCUCUACGCAAAUAGUGUAAACAUCUGGUAUAUCAAGGCUGUGGACCCUAUAGAGGUCACAAUUUUGAUCCGAUUUUAAUGAAACUUGAAAUGCAUGUUUAUAACACAAAGAUCUUGGUACCAGUCGAUAUUCGCACAUAUUAGGGUUGGGCGAUAUACCGGUAUUUCGGUAUACCGUGAUAAAAUCAUCGGCGAUUUUAUCAUAUCGGACUUACUUAAAAAUAUCGAAAAACCGGUUUAUCGUGACUUAAAAAAAUUAUCGCGAUUAUGAUAAUUAUCAUGUCCCAAUAUUGAUGAUAAUACAUCGUCGCUUGGACUAGUAAGCGAGGAAAAUGUGUUUGGCAAGGUCAAGGUUGGAGAGUAUUUACCCCAGUCGCAACUGUCACUGUUCUGAUUUUCAGACAAGUAGAUUUUAGAACCCUGCUAGUUCUGGUUACAUAUUAUCGUUAUAUUAAAACUUAAUAUUCUGCUUCGACUAACUAGUAUGUCAUUCUAUUGAUAGAAUUAAAUUCGUCUACAAGUAUAAAAUAUAGCAUAUUACGUACCGGCGGGUCAAGGGUAAAUAUCCAUCAUGGCGUCUAGCAACAGUAAAAAAGUGACAACAAGCGACGAUUUGCUGCCUAAAAAAAAUUCCUCCAGUCCCGUUUGGACUUUCUUUGGGUUUAAGCCAAACGACGUAGACCAGGCCACAAUAUUCUGCAAAGUUUGCACAAAUCCAGUAAUGGCUAAAGGUGGCAACACAACCAACCUAUAUCAUCAUUUGCGAACACGACACCCAAGUCAGUACAAAAGCUUUUAUUUAUACGGGAUUGCCAGGGUUGAUAUUAAUAAAAUA